AUGUCUGUUUAUUUCUAUCUAUCUAUCUAUCUAUCUAUCUAUCUAUCUAUCUAUCUAUCUAACUCAAUGUCCAUUGAUAUCAAUCUAUCUAUCUAUCUAUCUAUCUAUCUAUGCUUAGAAUGCAUAUAUGACUUAUAUAUUCAUCUUUAUGAUAACGUCUAUUCAUAUCCAUCUCUUCAUAAUCUCUCUAACUCUAUCUAUCUAUCUAUCUAUCUAUCUAUCUAUCUAUCUAUCUAUCUAUCUAUCUAUCUAUUCAUAAUCUCCCUCGUUUCAUCGAUCUAUCUAUCUAUCUAUCUAUUCAUAAUCUCGUUUCAUCUAUCUAUCUUCAAUUCAAGAGACAGCACACCUAGAGACAAACGAGCAAGAAAUUGCACUGGAUCUAUCUAUCUAUCUAUCUAUCUAUCUAUCUAUCUAUCUAUCUAUCUAUCUAUCUAUCUCAGUCUUCUGUUCAUAUCUAUUUAUCUAUCUAUCUGUCUGUCUGUCUGUCUGUCUAUCUAUCUAUCUAUCUAUUUAUCUAUCUAUCUCAGUCUGUUCUUAUCUAAUUAUAUAUCAGUCUGUUCAUAUCUAUCUAUCUAUCUAUCUAUCUAUCUAUCUAUCUAUUCGGACCUCUAUAUUUCUAUCUAUCUCAGUCUGUUCUUAUCUAAUUAUAUAUCAGUCUGUUCAUAUCUAUCUAUCUAUCUAUCUAUCUAUAUAUCUAUUCGGACCUCUAUAUUUCUAUCUAUCUAUCUCAGUCUGAUCUUAACUAAUUAUGUAUCAGUCUGUUCAUAUCUAUUUAUCUAUCUAUCUGUCUGUCUAUCUAUCUAUCUAUCUAUCUCAGUCUGUUCUUAUCUAAUUAUAUAUCAGUCUGUUCAUAUCUAUCUAUCUAUCUAUCUAUCUAUCUAUCUAUCUAUCUAUCUAUCUCAGAUAGUCAUUUUAUAUCUAUCAUGGAUUCUUUCUUUAUUUCUUUCUUUUUCUUUCUUUUUUCUUUCUUUCUUUCUUUUUCUUUCAUUUUUCUUUCAUUUUCCUUUCUUUUCUUUUAUUCUUUCUUUUUGCUUUCUUUCUUCAUUUUUUCUUUCUUUUUACUUUCGUUUGUUUGUUGUUGAUUCUUCUGUCCGUUUUAUAUCUAUCGAUUAUAGUCGCUUCAUAUCUAUCUAUCUAUCUAUCUAUCUAUCUAUCUAUCACUUUCACUCGCUUCAUAACUAUCUCUUUAUCAAUCAAUCAAACUAUCUAUCUAUCUAUCUAUCUUUUCAUAUGUAUCUAUCUAUCUAUCUAUCUAUCUCAAUCUUUUCAUAUCUAUCUAUCUAUCUAUCUUCUUUCACUCGCUUCGUAACUAUCUGUUUCUGUAUCUAUUUAUCAAUUAAUCAAUCAAUCUAUCUAUCUAUCUAUCUAUCUAUCUAUCUAUCUAUCUAUCUAUCUAUCUAUCUAUCUAUCUCUUUUCCUUCUUUUCAUAUCUAUCUUUUUCAGUCUGUUCGUAUCUAUCUAUCUAUCUAG